AUGAAAACUUUGCUCCAUUUCGUUCUCUUUUUGAUCCACCUCUGUGUUAAUGUCAUCUCAGUUCAUGGCCAAUGUAUUGAAGGCCAGAAGUCAUCAUUGCUCCAGUUGAAAAAAAGCCUUAUAUUUGAUUCUUCUGCUUCCUCCAAGCUUAUAUCAUGGAAUUCAAGUACCGACUGCUGUUCUUGGGUUGGUGUUAAUUGCACCAGUGGGCGUGUUGUUGGUCUUGACAUUAGCAGUGAAUCUGUCUCAGGUGGAAUUGACAAUUCAAGCAGUCUCUUUGAUCUUCAACAUCUUCAAAGUCUCAAUUUGGCCUAUAAUGGAUUAGGCUAUGGCUCUCAAAUUCCAUCAGCAGUUGGAAAGCUUACAAAUUUGAGCUGUCUAAACUUAUCUUAUACUGCUUAUUCUGAGCAGAUUCCUGUUGAGAUUUCACGCUUGACAGGGUUACAAGUUCUUGAUUUAUCCAGUGACCCUUCCUUAUAUGAAACAACAAUACUCAAACUUGAGAACCCAAAUUUGAGUUUGCUCAUUCGGAACCUUCUGGAGCUUACUGAACUUCAUCUUGAUGGUGUAAGCAUAUCAGCGCAGGGGACUGACUGGUGCCAAGCAAUAUCGUCUUCACUGCCAAAGUUGAGGAUCUUGAGCUUGAUCAAUUGUAACCUAUCAGGCCCUUUUGAUAUUUCAUUACUGAAGCUUCAUUCACUCUCAGUCAUUCGUUUAGAUUACAACGAAUUGUCUAUUGAAGUUCCAGAGUUCUUGUCAAAUUUCCGAAAUUUGACUUCCUUGCACCUUAGUGAAUGUGGGUUACAUGGCUCAUUCCCAAAGCAGAUCUUCCAAAUUCCUACAUUACAGACUAUCGACUUAUCUUUUAAUCCACAGCUCCAAGGCUCCUUACCAGAAUUUCCCAAGAAUGGAUCUCUUCGUUCUUUGGUUCUAAACAACGCAAACUUUACAGGGCUUCUUCCAAACUCUAUCGGCGAACUCAAAAUGUUGUACAACAUAGAUAUUUCAAGUUGCAAUUUCACUGGAUCAAUACCAAGAUCAAUGGAAGGCCUUACACAAUUGAGUUAUGUGGACUUGUCGUCAAACAAGUUCAAUGGUUCUGUUCCGUUCUUCAGUAUGGCCAGGAAUCUGACCGACAUAAAUCUUUCAUCCAAUCUUCUAAUGGGUCAGAUUAAUUCCUCUCACUGGGAAAGCCUUACUAUUCUCAAAAGUCUCGAGUUGAGUUUCAAUCUACUUGAUGGUACUAUUCCUCCGUCUCUGUUUUCUCUUCCCAUGCUGCAGAACCUAGUGCUUUCUGACAAUCAAUUCUCAGGUCAGUUGCCUGUAUUUUCUAGUAGCAUCUCUCUUUUGGAGACCCUUUCUUUGAGAAGAAACAAGUUGGAAGGGCCUAUCCCAAUGAAUAUCUUUAAUCUCCCAAGGCUUAGGGCGCUUCAACUUUCUUCAAACAACUUGAACAACUCCUUCUCUCUUAAUGUUAUUCAGCAAUCGAAAAAUCUUGUUUUUCUUGAUCUUUCCCACAACAGCUUGUCGAUCAGUUAUGAUGAUACCAAUCCCUCUUAUUCUUUAUUUCCUCAACUUUCCAUAUUGAGAUUAGCUUCUUGCAAGUUGAGAAGAUUCCCAGGUUUCUUGAGAAAUCAAUCCGAAUUAUACAAAUUGGACCUUUCACAAAACCAGAUUCAUGGGGAGAUACCCAACUGGAUUUGGAGGCUUGGUUAUCUUGCUAUGCUAAAUCUUUCUUGCAACUCUCUGGUAACUCUAGAGGGUCCUUUCCUCAAUCUGACUUCUAACUUGCUUCUACUUGACCUUCAUUCCAACCAGCUUCAGGGACGAAUCCCAAUUUUCCAACCAGUUGUCAAUUAUCUAGAUUACUCAAAAAAUAAUUUCAGCUUCAACAUACCAUAUGACAUUGGUGAUUUUCUUACUCAAACUAGGUUCUUCUCUCUUUCAAAUAAUAACUUGCACGGGAUCAUUCCGGUAUCACUGUGCAAUGUGAAGUCUCUUCAAGUUCUUGAUUUGUCCAGCAAUUCUUUGAGUGGCAUGAUUCCUCGAUGCUUAUCUGCAACGACCAAUCUUGUAGUACUUAAUUUAAGGAGAAACAAUCUUGCUGGCACAAUUUCUGAUAAGUUUUCAGCAAAUUGUAGUUUGGGAACUUUGGACCUCGGUGCAAACAAAAUAGGAGGCAAGUUUCCAAAAUCUCUAGCCCGGUGUGAAAUGUUAGCAGUGUUAAACCUUGGACACAAUCAGAUAACUGAUGUUUUCCCUCACUUGCUAAAGGAAAUAUCCACUUUGCGUGUCCUUGUCUUGCGAUCCAAUAGAUUCUAUGGGAACAUUGGAUGUCCCAAAACCAAUGGAACCUGGUCAAAGCUUCAAAUUAUUGACCUUGCUGACAACCAUUUUAGUGGAGAAAUUCCAGGAGAUUGCUUGACAACAUGGCCAGAAAUGAUGGUUGAUGGAGAUGAUCCAGCUCAAGUGCUCAACCACCCUGAAUUUCAGGUCAAUACCUUCCCCAUGGUUUACUAUCAAGAUGCUGUAACUGUAGUCAGCAAAGGUUCAGAGAUGGAACUAGUGAAGAUUCUCACUAUCUACACCUCCCUUGACUUGUCGUGCAACAACUUCAGUGGAUCAAUACCUAAGGAAAUUGGAGAGCUCAAAGCACUUUACAUCCUCAACUUGUCCAGCAAUGCUCUCACAGGUGAAAUUCCAUCCUCAUUGGGUAACUUGUUGAAAGUGGAAUCCUUAGACCUCUCAAACAACAGCCUGAGCGGGGAAAUUCCACCACAGCUUGCAAGACUUACGUUCCUAUCAUUCUUGAAUGUGUCAAGUAAUCACCUCGUUGGGAGGAUCCCAACCAGCACUCAAUUUUCAACGUUUCCAGCAGCUUCUUUCACUGGUAAUGAAGGGUUAUGGGGGCCUCCUUUGACAGGAGAUAACACAACAGAGCUGUCACGGGUUUCCCCAUUCUGGGCCUGA